AUGGGGGGUGUUUUACCUAGGCACUUCUAUGGCCAUGACGCCACAGAAGGAGAGCAAGUCGAUUCCAGCAUGGCCCACCAAGAAGCCAACAGCGAGGCCACACAUCAUCAGAAGGUGAACGAGAGCCUCAUCCACGAAGAGGGGGGGGAUAACUCCAGUGCGGCCCCUUUCGACAAGCCUCUCGUGCCCGAAGGAACCGCCAACGAGGAAAGUGGGGCUGCUUGGGGGAUCUGCCCAGGGCGCCAUGCAGCCAUAAAGAGGGAAGUCUUGUGCGUCUUGUUGAUGAUUGUCCAGGCAAUCUUUGAUCCGAGUUGGCAGGUGAUGCCCUUUGGCAGUUCAGUGUCAGGCUUCGGAACCGACUGCUCCGACCUAGAUGUGUCAUGCCAGGAUUCGCGGAUCGCACUUCCGGACAAGGUGCAGAUGUUGGACACUCUCGAGAAGUUGUGGCAACACCUCCAAGAUGAUCCCGUUCCGGGUGUUGAGCUCGUUCAGUUCGUCACGAAGGCCGCCUGCCCCAUCAUCAAGCUCCGCUACAAAGGCCUCCCUGUGGACAUCAGCAACAACCCUCUCCCGCUGCAGAACACAAGGCUCCUGGCUGCUUAUGCAGGCUUGGACGAUCGGGUGCGUGACCUGGGGCGUUUGGUGAAGAUGAUGGGCCGGAGCAUGCGCUUGCAAGGCGCGCACCACAACUACUUGAGUUCCUACGCUUGGAUCCUCAUGGUCUUGUUCUACCUGCAGCGCGCACAUGGCAUGCCAGUGCUUUGCGUGGACGACGUCGUGCACGAGGAGGGCAAGGCCGGAAAAUUGGCCGUGGAGUCUGCUCGCCGAGAAUGGGACUGGUGGAUUAAGAGUACAGUAACCGUCCCUGACCUGCUCCAGGGCUUCUUUCACUUCUACUCCCAGGUGUUCAGGUACGGCCGGGAUGUGGUCGCCAUCGGGGGUUUCAAGGACAUCGGGAGGUUGACUCGGGAUGGCAUGCACCUCGACAUCCAGGAUCCGAUCCAACUCGAGCGCAACCUUGCCGAGCCCUUGCGGGCCAUGGGCGCAAGACCUCACCGCCGACUGGUAGAUGGGUGUCGCUACGCCGCCGAGAAGCUUCCCUCGCAAGAUCCGGCAACUGUGGCGGAAGACAUCCGGUCGGGGAUCCGUCUGUUCUUAGGCAUCCUCCCAGAUCCUUUGAAGGACUUGGUCCUUUCUUAUUCUCCGCUGCCGCCGCUGCAGCGUAGGUUGUUGUGCAGGAAAGAGCGAGACUCUGUGGGAGAUGAGCUAAGAGCACACUAUGAGUUUCCGGUUCUGGAAAGCGACUGGGCUAGCAGCUGGCCUGAGUGGCAGGGGACCCUGCGUGAGUUGCGAUGCAUUUGGGCAAUGAUCAGGGCAUGA